UGAUCUUAUUCAGGUAGUACUGGUUUGUCACAGUACCAUUCAUAAGGUGUAGGGCAGUUCUUUAUUGACUAGACACACCUGCCCAGACUGUAACACCAGACAACAGUGGCUGAUGCAUAGUAGUCUCCUUGAUGUCUCCAACAGCGUUGGCGGCCAUCAUUCCUGCUCAAGGUGAAUCGACUUUCAUCAGAGAACAGCACUGAGGCCCACUGGUUCCUCGUCCAGCACAAAUGCUCCCUGAUGUUGACUCCUGUGCCUGGUGGUGUGGUCAGGUACCCUUGCAGGUCGUCUAGCUGAUGUUUCGAAUGGUCUGACGUGACACUCGGGUGCCUCUCACUUCCCUUAAAUGUCCCAUUAAAGCAGAGCCACCUUUAACGAUGUCAAGACAUGCAGGUGUUACCUUAUCAUUCAGUGAGACAUCUGCAUGUAAACAUCUAGGAGCCAUUUUCUGUAUUGUAGAAAUAUUGUUGUCCACUGUGUGGCGCUAAACCAUGGUAUAAUUAGAGCACCUGUGUAAAGAGCCAGGUGACGUUGAUAAUGGGGAAGCACACGGUUUUUGACCGUGCUAAAGGGUAACUUGCAAGAAUGUGGAUUUUGCAGUAUGUGGAGAUGUGCUGUGUAUAAGAUAUUUACUUUGUGUAGCCUACAUGUUUAUGACCACAAAUGAAGGAGAGACAAAGAUUGAGGCUUUGUUUAUUCACUUACACAAAAUGAAGACACUCUGCUUGGAUCUACGUCAGUAUGCAUGGACUCUGUUUUUACACACGUUAAAUAUGUGCUCACUCCUGUUAUCAGCGACAACGGCUUAUAGGAAAGACGAAACAUUAAGUCAAAAACCUUGCUUCCGGUGGACUGUGAGCAUAACUUUACAUGGAUUUCACUUCAGAGACGGCUCUUCGUUGAACAAGCGUUUUUAGCUCAGUUGGCUAUGGAUUUAAGUGGAUAUCGGACUCUGUUUGCUGUUCCUGUUGGAUUGUUAAUCGGCACUGGAUUAAAAGGUCUGAUGGAGGAGAAUGAGGAGAGUGAAGAGCAGAAGCAUCAUCAUGGAACAACUAGAGAAAAAACUCACUCGCAGACUGAAAGAGUUUCUUUACUGAAAAGAAGAGACAAGAAAAGUUUCACCUGCACUCAGUGUGGAAAGAGUUUCACAUGCAAACAGAAUCUCAGUGUUCACAUGAGGAUCCACACUGGAGAGAAACCAUUCACAUGUGAUCAGUGCGGGAAGGGAUUCACACAAUUAUUUUAA